UCAGUUAAGAAGGUUCUUUAUCUGGUACCAAUGAAGGUGUAUGGUUUCGGGGUGCAGUCUCUGUCCUGGGGCCGGCUGGGAGAGACGAGAGAAGUUGCAUGUGGCAGCAUUGAUGAAAAAUAAUUAGAGCCUUUAUUGUUGUAAUUACUCCAUGUGCUGAAGUGAAUGUUACACUUGCAGCAUCAGCCUCAUAUAUAAAGCCACAAUAAGCAACAAAUAAAAUCUCGGCUAUGUGCCUGGGAUGACCUUCAUAAUAGGCAGGUAGACACGCACGCACGCAGGCAGGCAGGCAGGCAGCUGAGAUGACACCAACUAGAGCAGCAUGUGUGGUUGAGCAGUGGGGCAACUGUGGCAAUGGUUGGGGGAGUGAAUGGCAGAGCUGUCUAGAAGACUGGAAGGCUGGGGCUCCUAUUUUUACCUUUUAGCAGCCUCCUAUCACAACAGCUGUCCCCGUCAACUCUUGUCUGCACACCAACAGGAAUAGCCAGCCUAUCAUAGUGCUCCCUCUCUUGUCAGCCCUGCCGUUUCACUCUCUACUUUGUAUGUCUCUGGCUGGUCUUUCAGAUCUAUUCCUCUUUACCCAGUUACUGAUUUGGUCUGUUGUUUGAGGACUACUAUAAUACAGAAGUUGUGGGAGUGCUUCAUUUACAGCUUUCCUCCACCUCCUUCACCUGCUUUCAUCUCAUCCAUCACAGUCCAUGACAGCAGAUCAGCCAACAUGGCAUUUUCAUCUCGUUUUUCGUUCUGGGAAAAAAAGAUUAAAGAAGAGAACAAGCCAGCAAACAAAAGUUCAGACAGUGAUGGGAUUCCCGGCCGAGCCAAGUCAGUACCAGCUCUAGAUCCUGGCAGGGGUUUAUUGAGGGCAAAAAGUCCUACUGCAGAGUCAGUUGCCAGGAUCAGGAGUCCUUCCCCACCAAAAGUCAGGACACCCAUAAAAGUCCAAGGGCACUUCAGAAAUCCUGAGCCACCAUCAACGACGGCGGCACAACUUAAAAGUCCUGAACCUCCACAAAUUCCUCGGAAGCUUGAACCAGAUUUAAGUGAGCAAGAACAAAAUGGCGUGGUGGGAAAAAGCACAGUCAAUGGUACUGCCAAUGGUAUCAUGAACCUUCCAGGCACCAGCACCAACCAAAUGGCUACCACUGAUGACCAGGGUUACACACGUAAGAAAGUAGUAAAGGUUGUUCGUCGUGUUGUCAGGAAGGUUUUACCCUCAGAAGAUGAGAUCAAUGUACCAGCAAAGAAAUCUGACAAAGUUACAGAAGUAGGCAAGCCUGCUACUGACACAAUCAAAGUAGCAGCAGCAGCAACCUCAGUGUCCCAAACCCAAGUGAUGCCAGGAUUCUCUUUUAAACAUGAUGUCAUCAAAACAGAAGACAAAGAUGAUAUUUCAAGGGGCUUAACAAGCCUUAUGGUCAGAGGCAGAACAAGGGAGCGCUUUCCAAGAAUAUUUCAGGAUAACCGACCAGAAAAAAAGGAGUUAGACAAGAUAAGUGAGAAGAUGGAUGAAAAACUUGACUUGAAGGAGACAACAAAGGAGCAGAAUGAAGUUAAAGCCAAGCCAGAGUUGCAGGACGUUAAACACAAAUCCAGCAGCUCUUCUCCAGUUACAAAGGAAAUAACAUCUUCUCUGGUUUCUGUUAACCCUGCUAACAAAGCAACUGUGGGCUCAGCUUCAGAUUCUUCCAAAUCUCCUCAUUCCCGACCUUUAUCUUUCACACCAGUUAUGGGCUUCAUCCCAGCUCCUGACUUUAUACCUGAACCCCAAUCAUGUUUCACUGCAUCAACUUCUGUGAGCCCCAAUCCUCCCCAGCCCAGAGUUGGUCCACUGUCUUCUACGCCUAUAGGAAUUGUUUCUAUCCAGAAACCUACUGUUAGUCAAAAAGAGGAGGCACUGGUCAGUCCAACUGAGGAAGCUCAGCGACGCCUGAUGAAGAUCUUUGGCGUCCCUCUGGAGCCAGCAGUCAGUGUUUCAUCUUCUGUUGAGGCGCUCGUGUCUGCACCCCUGCAGGCUCAGGGCACCGUCCAUGCACCACAGACCUGCAUUUCCCUGGGGCUCCUAUCUGGAAUUUGUACUCAUUUGACAUGUGAGAAUGGAUCAGUAGAAGAGGAUCUUAUUGCUCUCCAAGCAUCUCAUGCUGCAGCUAAGCAAUCCCAGGUGUGGACUGCACUAUGCCUGAGUGUGACAAAAUCACCAGCUCAUCCCUUGUGUUGUGCUGCAUUGUGCUCGUGCUUGCAAAGUGCAGUGUUCCCUAUUCAUGUUUCCUGUUCAAAUGUAGUAAAAUGUCUUUAAAAAAGUCAUCAAUAGGAACACCCUCGUUUUUUGUGCUUGUUUCCAGUUUACUUUGUUUUACACUUUCAUUCUUGGUUCUCUAUGUGUUUGUGUUCUUUCAUGUUGUUAUGAAUAUUGGGCUGAACCAAGCUACUCUCUGGCAUUUUAGAUACCAGGGGUUGCUACUGAACUGCCGUUUGACAAACGCAAAUGUCCUCACACAUUCUUCAUACAAGCCUGAUCAGUCAAUCACAUGAUCAUUAUUUUGAAAAGCUUUAAUUGCAUCCUUUCAGCAUGUACUGAUAUCUCACUGGAAAUUCAAAUGGUUUAAAAACACAUGUUGCUGUGAGUGGUCCACAGGUAUAAUUUCCCCUGCUGUCCUCUAAUUCUGACCUUUGUCC